GGGGAGAGGAAGUUAGUCGAAAACAUGGCGGCGCGCAGCUCACAUGUGGAUUCGGUGAACGAACGCCGUUUACGACCAAUCUACGAUAACUUAGACAAUGGCAAUAACAAAGCAGCAAUCCAAGCAGCAGACAAGGUUUUAAAGAAACAAAAGGAUUUACUUUGUGCUAAGGUGCUAAAGGCGUUGGCCCUACAAAGAACAGGUAAAAGUAGCGAUGCUUUUCUUCUGGCAGAAGAUGUGUUAAAUGCUGAACCGAAGGAUGACUCCACAUUGCAGGCACUCACAAUAUGCUUCAGAGAAAUGCAGAAGCCCGAGUUGAUUGUGAGGAUGUACGAGUGUGCUGCCAAAGCAUGUCCCAAUGAAGAGAUGUACAGUCAUCUGUUUAUGGCAUACGUCAGGACUGGUGACUACAAGAAACAGCAACAGACCGCUAUAUCAUUAUAUAAAGUUGCUCAGAAGAAUCCAUACUACUUUUGGGGAGUAAUGAGUAUUUUCAUGCAGGCAUACUCAGCACCUGAUCCUAAGCUAGCUACCAGCAUGUAUUAUCCAUUGUGUCUGCGAAUGGUAGAGAAGAUGAUCAAUGAAAAUAAGAUCGAUAAUGAGGCAGAGGUUAGCAUCUACAUCAUGAUCCUAGAGGCGCUUGGUAUGUACGAGAAAGCAAUGGAGGUGUUGAAAGGCGACCUUGGAAAAAAAUACAUUACAACAGACAAAAACUUGAUCCCAGAGAGAAUAGCUGAUUUGUACAGGAAGAUGGAGAAGUGGGCAGAGGCUAACAGUGCGUACAAGGAUUUAAUAAAAGACAACCCAAAUAAUUGGCUUUUUUAUCAGCAAUAUUUCCACUCGGCAUUUAAACUCUAUGAGAGUAAAUGGACACCGGAGGCGAACAGUGAAAACAAAUUCGAAUGGGAAGUUGACUGCACACCUGAACAAGUGAAGGUAUUCAUUGAUAAGGUUCUAGAAGGGUCGCUGGAAGAUCAGUGCAGAGCACCCUACCUAGCGAGGAUGGAAUUGUAUAAGAUAAUGAAGGAGAAGAAUAGUAUACCUGUAUAUGAAUCAUUGACGGAACUUUUAACUGAGUACUUUGCCAAAUUUGGUUCAAAAUGCUGCUGUUUUUGGGAUGUUAAAACCUACCUGGACAUACUGAAUGAAGAAGAUAUUGCUCCAUUUAUUCAGAGUUUAGUUCCAGAGCUGGAAAUGGGGGAAUUUGGUAAUUUACAGAUAGCGACAAAUACAAAGCAGAUCCAACGACAUCUGAGCUGGCUGCAGUUGUGCCGAUAUCUAGGACUGCAUGAGAAAUUAUCCAAUGAAGAGAAGUUAUUACUGGCAAAAGACUUAUGCAAACGACAUAUUGCAGGGCUGUGCCAUGGCGAGAAGCUCCUGUCAUCUGACUUACAGUAUAGCGAUGAUUACUGCAUACUUGCUGCUCAUAUUCUUAUUAGUAUUUGGCGAGAAAUAGGUGACUCUUCAAUAUUGCUUGAUCUAUGUGUUAUUCUUGAACGAGCCAAGUCAAGAAGUCCAUCCAAUCACCACAUCAAAUUAUUACUCAUCAGAUUGUAUUGUUUAUUAGGUGCUUUUGGUCCAAUUCCUGAUCUGUAUGAUGGAAUAGAAAUAAAGCAUAUUCAACAAGAUACCAUUAGCUACCAGGUAACAAGGUUCAUACAAGCAGUUGGCCAUUUUACUGCCUCUCAGCAGUUUUACAAUGCAAUCUUAAAAUUCUUCACUUCAAAUCACAAAGAUACCAGUGAGUAUAUCAUCACAGCCUAUAAAUUUGGAUCAUUCCAGAAAAUUCCAGAAUUUAUUGAGUUUAGGAAGCGAGUGAGCAACUCAAUAAGUUUCUCUGUAGUAACCAUUGAAAAAAUGCUUCUGGAAAUUAUGACAGAUGCUGAAGUUUCUGGUUGUCCAACUUUAGAUGAUAUUGUAAAAGAAAUGGAAAUAAACCCAUCUAAAGAUGAAGUAUGUUGGGAUGAUUUGAGAGAUAAUAGAGAUUUAGAUGUGUUGAUUUCAUGGGAUCCAAAAUCUAGGCAAUUAAGUGAAGAGGACAAAACUGAGUCAUUUCUACAAGUUAAAGGAUGGCAUAAGCUCCGUUGUCUGACGUUACGGGUAUUAGCCGCAGCUUCUCAGCUUGUGUCAACCUCUGAUAGAGGGCAGCAAAGCAACAAUGGACAAACACAAGACCAUGGAAAAGUCAUGGCAAAAUUAGUGGAUGAAAUGAAAGAACAUUUCAAGGAACUUGAAACGAAUCCUAUACAAACGAGAGAGUUUCCAGAGCAUGGCCCACCAUCUACCCCAGCGAAGUCUUUUCUAGAGGGCCAACAUCAUGUGAUGUUUAACAACAUUGUUAGUACCGUCGCUGAUAUAUACGAGUUACAAAACGGUUUUUCAGAAACAACACAGAAGAAAAUUAAUGAAAAUCUACAAAUUGUUUUAGAUACAUAUAAAGAAUCGUUAGGCAGAAGUAACCGAAACCUUCUACCAGAGGACGGCGAUAAACGGAAGCUGGACAGAAAUGUCCUUCCUGAACUUAUUAUGCUCUCAGAGACAUUGGUAUUUAUAAUUCUGCUGUCUGGAGUUUGUUUUAAAAUCAUAAAACCAUUGAAAACUCAACAACAAAGAAAAAACAAGAAAAAAAAAGGAGUUGAUGGUAAACCUCUGCCACCAGUGUUUGACCAGUUCAAAGGUUACAUGGAGUCUCUACUGCAGCUGACAGAUGACCUCAUCCAUGUAUUUGAAAAUAUUAAAGCUGACCUUGUGGCAUUUGACCUUUCUAGGCUUAGCAUUCAAGGAAAAUACAAAUUAAUGGAGGAUGAAGAUAACUUUGUGAAAACAUUGUGGACUGAAAUAUGUGGUAGUUACGAGGAUGCUUGUUCUGAGGUGCUGAUGGUUAUGAAAUCCAGGAAAGCAUAUGCGACUAAUUUUAAACUUUGAGGUGCUUGUGAAGACAUGAUGGACACAUUAGAAGGACGGUUGAUGAUAGUGGAAUACCGCACAGAGUGAUGGAUAGAAAGUACUAGUAGAAGCCACUUAAAAUGCCGCAGCAUUUUUUAUGAAGAAAAGCAUGCAUGAUUUAUAUCAGGUAGACUGCGAGCCAUUGAAACUGCAUUAGCCAAUAAUUACUGGGUUGUUUAUCAUAUUUCCCUUGAUCAAUCGUGAAAAAAUCUAACCUUCACUUUUUCAAACACUGAAUCCUAUUAGGAAUUACACAAUAAUAUAAUUAAUAUACUAAUAAAUAAUGAUUAAUAUUAUUAGAUGUGUGUUCAUGCAGUGGAAAGAGACAAAAUAUGAUUUUUUGUCUUAAUAAAACAAAAUGUAUUUUCUACUUUAUUUUCAAAAUGAUGACAUUAGAAUUAACAUGUUUGAUAUACAGCAAAAGAAGCUGCAUGAUUAUUUUUAUUCUUUAAACAAUUGUAUUCAUUGAGACAGAAGCAAUGAUGCUUUAUGGUUGUUAAGACUAAACACUUGCCUUUGUAAAAUAUAAAUUGUAUGAGAAUGCAUCAAUACAUACUUCCCAGAUUCCUAUCAAAUUACAGAUAGUGCAACCUCAUUUUCUAAUUUGUAAUAUUGAUUUGUUUGCAUAUAAAGGAACUUAAGUUCAGGUUCUGAAAGCUUCAAAUUUUAUAUUAUACUACUAAUGCUAUCAAAAUAUAGAUAUAAAUAUUUUAAUCAAAGAGGUGCUUUGGAAGACAUAACAUACAUAUGCCUGCACAUCACAGGAACCUCACAUACAUCACCACCAUAUACUGUUUAUCACAUACUAUGACAUGUGGUGUUAUGUACACAGAUAUACAGUUCCUGUACAUUACAUGAGCCUCGUAAAAUAUCACAUAUAACAUGCGGAUACAGAGUAACUGUACAUCACGUCUGUCUUACAGUGACCCUCUCGUAGUUCUGCAUAUAGUAAAUUCUUAAUGUAAAAUUAGGCUGUAUCAGAGGAAUUCUGGAUGUUUAAUGCCAAGUAGGCUUUAAAGAAUGAAUGAGUCGUACAUUAAUAAUUAUAUCGACUUGUGAGGGAGACAUUUUAGAUCUGAACUUUCUUGAAAUUUUACAAGGUUGUAUUUGCAUGUGUCAACAUGUUUUCUUUUAUAAGUAUUUUUUUAUUCAGAAUGACGUUUGUGAAAAUGUGAAAUAAACACACAUGAAAAUAAAA